GAAAGUGUUGUAAUUUCACCAGCUGGACUUUCCAACGGGAAAGAAGAACGGUCUACGGUAAAGCGGUCAGACACAAGACUGAGCAGCUCUAAAGUUGGAAAAGAUCAUUCAGGUCAAGAGUAUCACUUAUGGACGCAGUGGUCCGUCGAUGCCCUUUCCUUACCGUUGUGCCCAGUGUUUUCCUGCAGCUGGCUGGAAACUCAUCGCUGGUGAGCUAUGCCCAAAAGUGCCCUGUGAUGAUGGACCUGGCCUCCAGACCCCUGGCCAGAGCUCUGUCUUCUUCAACUUCUGUGUCCAAAGGCACUUCAACAAAUGAUGAUCAAAAGCAUGAAGUCAAGUUGCCUCCAGGACACACUAUGCCGCCUGCUGGCCAGACUGUAGGCUCUAAAUGCCCUUUCCUGGCUGCAGAGAUGGUGCAGAAAAACAACAGCGUAGUAAGAGAGGCCAGCAUGGAGCUGCAGGAGGACGUUCAAGAGAGACACUCUUUCCGCACAGGGAAAACUGGUGUGGAUUUAUCAGUUUUCGAUCUUAUCGAGGCAGACAAGGCCAACACCGGGGCACCGAAAAGCCUUUUUAAACCAACAUCUUCCAAAGUGUCUCACCUAUUAAAGGAUAAUCUACCUGAAGUUGUCACCUUCCAGUAUGAAAAGUUUUUUGAAAAGAGGAUUGAAAGCAAGAAGACAGAUCACACAUACAGGGUUUUUAAGACAGUGAACAGGCGUGCCUCCUCGUUCCCAAUGGCAGAUGACUACUCGGAGUCUUUUCAUGCAAAGAGAAACGUGUCCGUGUGGUGCAGCAAUGACUACCUGGGCAUGAGCCGUCACCCCAGAGUCACACAGGCUAUCAUUGAAACGGUACGAAAGCAUGGUGCUGGUGCAGGUGGCACUCGAAACAUUUCAGGGACAAGCAAAUUCCACGUGGAACUUGAGCAGGAGCUGGCUGACCUGCACAGCAAGGAUGCUGCGCUGCUGUUCACUUCCUGCUUUGUAGCCAAUGACUCCACAUUGUUUACUCUGGCAAAAAUGCUACCAGGUUGUGAAAUCUACUCUGAUGCUGGCAACCAUGCCUCGAUGAUUCAGGGUAUAAGAAACAGUGGAGUUAGCAAAUUUAUUUUCCGACACAAUGACGUCAGCCACUUACAAGAACUUCUUGAGAAGUCUGACCCAUCAACUCCAAAGAUCGUUGCCUUUGAGACAGUGCAUUCAAUGGACGGGGCUGUGUGCCCACUAGAAGAAAUGUGUGACAUCGCCCACAAGUUUGGUGCUCUUACCUUUGUGGAUGAAGUGCACGCUGUGGGUUUAUAUGGGACCAGAGGAGGAGGGAUCGGGGACAGAGACAGAGUCAUGCAAAAGAUGGACAUCAUCUCCGGUACCCUUGGCAAGGCAUUCGGCUGUGUCGGUGGUUACAUAGCCAGCACUAGUGCCCUGGUGGACACGGUACGCUCCUACGCUGCAGGCUUCAUCUUCACCACUUCCCUGCCCCCCAUGCUGCUCGCAGGGGCAAAAGAAUCCAUCAAGAUCCUGAAAAGCGAAGAAGGCCAGAUGUUGAGGAGGAAACAUCAGAGGAGCGUCAAGCUGCUCCGACAGAUGCUGAUGGACUCUGGCCUUCCGGUGGUCCACUGCCCGAGUCACAUUAUUCCUGUCCGGGUUGCGGAUCCAGAGAAGAACACUGAGAUCUGUGACAUCAUGAUGUCUCGUUACAACAUCUACGUCCAGGCAAUCAACUACCCGACUGUGGCUAAAGGAGAGGAGCUGCUGCGCAUCGCCCCCACACCACACCACACUCCACAGAUGAUGUACUACUUUGUUGACCGACUGGUGAAUGCAUGGAUGGAGGUGGGCUUGGAGCUGAGGCCGCACUCCUCAGCAGUGGAGUGUAACUUCUGCCAGCAGCCUCUUCACUUCGAGCUGAUGAGCGAGAGAGAGAAGUCCUACUUCACAGGCCUCAGUCACAUGAUAUCAGCAGUGGCUUGAUAUCGAGUAAAACACUAAACCCUGGUUCUAUUCAAGCUAUUUAUUUUAUUUACAUUAAAUAUAUCACGGCAUAUAAAAUGUUCUGUAUCACCAAUAAAUUUGUGGGUAAACUGUUAAUUUACUCUUUUGUUUACAUUUUUAAACACUGACUAUGAUUUAUACAUCAGUGGUUGGGAAUACAGCCACAUGUGUAACAUUCAGGGAUCACAGGCGGCUGUAUUUAUGAAUCAACCAGCUGGUCAGUCAGCAGUUAGCUAAAAAUAAUUCCAAAAGGCUGUUGGGCUAUUUAUUUAUAAAUACAUAUAUUUGUAAUAUUCGUCACAUGCAUCAUUAGUAAGGUGGGUAAGAUACCUCACAAAAAGAUACAUAACAGUGGACUGAGGCUUUUUAUACAGGUCGAGGUUUCAGAGUAUCUAAAGGUUAAAUUAACUUUUUUUUUUAAAACUUAUUGGUUGUUAAAGUGGUGUAUUUAUAGUGACCAUCAACGUAGACAUCAUGUAUUGUCAUUUAUUUUUUUUAAUGUGUCCUUGCUGGAAAAUAAAUCCUCUCAUGGAAUAGUAAAGCUCUGACCUGGACUGAAAGCUCUCAUAAAAACGUACCCUCUCACAUGUAAUAUCAUACUAAAUGUAUGUAUUGAUUUUCUGCAGAUGUCCAUAUUAUGUGUUGCAUAAUAUCAGGUCUAAUCUGAAUAAUCUAUCUGAACAUUUCAUGCUAGAAUAAUCUUCAAGUAUGAAGCGACUGAGAUAACAGAUGGGACAAAUUUCACACACUCUCUUGUACCCAGUUACACAGGAAACAUAGUAUCUCAGAUCAUUAAUAUGGUGCAACCACGUCUUUGUGGGCUCAUACGGUUUUAUCCUUAUACGUUUAUGAUAACACACAGGAUAUUUGAUGCACUUACUAUAUGUGAACUAUUUCAUUGCGUGCAAUGCUCCUGGCAAAAAAAGAUCAUCUGUCAUAUCUGUCAUAACAUGUUGUGGAAUGUGACAUUGCAUCCCACUGUAGAUACAACCCUCAAAAGUCAAUUACAAGAUGAUGGAGCAGCUUGUGGCUUAGGGUGUUGUAUGAUUCUUGUCAUGUAGUUUUACAAAUUUUGCAA